AUGGAGUCGAACGAAGCGAUCGAGAGGCUCCAAAGCCUCCGGCGCGACCUGAUCGCGUUCACUGAAUCACGACUGAGCGCGCUCAGCAGACUUGAGGCCGAGCUGGUAGGCAGCGUGGAGGACUUGAAGCGGCUGUUAGAGAAGAAGAAAAAGAAUGACCAAAGCAGAAGAGUUCUGGAUCCGCCUGGGGCAGAGAAACCGACCACCAUCAAGAUUGAGGAUACGGAGUACGGCAUCGACGAUACGUUCCGAACGGCAGCUCUGACGGUCGCGGAGGAACUCGAUCUGGACGAGCUGCAGGCUGCGAAGCGAUGCUAUGAUGUGGGACUAGCAUACGACGGUCAGACGGAGUCGACGAUAGCAUAUCGGGCAAUCGUUCGAUUUCACGAUGAGCGAUACGUCACGCUAGACUGUCUUCGCCUUCUUCUUUCGCAAUGCGUGGACUUCGAUGAAGACGACGACCAAAGCAGGUUCCUCAACGAUGUUGUCCGGAGCGUGGUCGAAGCUCAAGGUGCGCGACCUGGCGAUGCGUCAGCGUUCUUUCGAAAGUGCGUGGAUGGCUUGUCCGAAGUGGAGGGCUACCUCGACAAGAACAUCGCGCACAAGCAAACGCUGGCGUACACCGGGCAGUCCCAAAAUGGCUCAAUGGCGCAGUUCUUGGCCGCCCAGAGGCUCCUCCUGAGUCAGCAGCACGAAUGCCUUUCAGCGGUGUUGUCGCACAUGAUCCGAGCUCGGUAUGUGUCGCGCGAAGACUAUCGACCACUGCUUAGCAAGGCUACGCAACGGGCCGACCUGGACGACAUUACGAUCCACUACCUGCCCAUACUCACGAGCGGCGCGGCAUAUUACGGCGCGGAUGAGUCGAUUAACCCUGAUGUCGCGAAGGAGAUUCAUCGAUUGUUCGCCGCCGGUCCUACCCAGUUGCAAUGGAAACUGCCCAUACUCCGCGCAGCAGCAACAAUAUGCUGGCUUUCGGAGUACAGCAGCCGAUUUUUGGACCCGACAGGCGGUCAGACACUACGAGUGGCUGACCGGCAGAGGGAAGAAGAGGAACGGACGAAGUUGUUCUUUGACAGUGUCAAGGACAGAGGCUUUCAUUUCCUGCUGCUUGCUUGCCAAUUCCUGAAGCCCGAGAUUUGGUAUGAUCCGGCCAAGGUUGGCUUGGUCAAAUUUCUGAUGGAGGACACUCCGAUCAUCGAUGCAACCCCCGCAUCUCCUGAAUGUGCUGCGCUCGUGAUGGGAGAGCUGCAGGGGUUCAGUGACGCUUUCGUUGCGAACAUGCCCGAUGCUUUGCGCCGACUGAAGGCCGAUGAGGAUGACAGACGGCGUGCCAACUUCUCGAGACCUCCCGAGGCGGGUGAUGAAGACCAGCUAGACCUCGAAAGAUUUCUCGUCAUCAUGUCGUACGCUUACCAGGACAGUCCCGAGGCUGCAGGAGACUUCUGGAGCGACAAGGAGAGCAACCUUUACGGAUUCCUUCGAUGGGCCUCCCGGAGAUUACCAACCCCGAGGGUGGCGGCGUUCUGUGAACUGCUAAGAGCAAUUGCCAGCGACGAAAAAUCAGGAAAUCAAGCCCACCUCUUCCUUCGAGAAGACACGACCAUGACAGGCGGCCGGCUACGGAAGUCGUAUUCGGUCAGCUGGUCCCAGAUCUUUAGCGAGCUGGACAUAUACGCUUCCGCCAUGAGAAGCAAGCCGGCAAGCGCACAACAAGCGCCAAGUCAGAGCGGCACGGCCUAUGAAGGGAGCUACGACGAGCCCGAGACUCACAUCAUGCUGGAAUCCUAUCUGCGUCUGGCAGCUCAUCUGUGCAGGAUUAGUCCUGACGCCAGGAACUUCAUCUUGAGAGAGCAGAGCAUUCACAUCGGCGAGACACUCUUCCACCUCGCGUCAUCCGGCAAUGACUCCCGGAUACAUGCUGUGUGCUUUGAAAUGCUUGCCGCGUUGUUGACCGACAAGAUACCGGAGGUCAAUGAGGGCAUGUGGGCGUUGCUCGACCACUGGAUAUCCGGUGGCGGAUCGAGUCUCCCUCGCCAUGGUCGCAUGACACACGCAGAACAGAAGUACCUCAACAACUACGUCUCCGACCCUGAGACGGCAACUGGUUUAGUCCAUUUGCUCAAUGCCUUGGUCGCCCCUACUAGAGACAUCGGCGACUUUGCUGUUGGCGCCAUCUCGUUUCCCGAAAGUUUGGGCGCUUCAAGUCGGCACGAUGGUAUCGAAGUGUACGUCGAUUUCGUGCUUGGCCCGGUCUUCAGGUCGACUAGCUCCUACGAUGUUCUCCUUCUAGAGCGCGAUCGAGUACCAAUAGAUGUCCUGCGCUACGCGUGCCUCGACUUCGUCUGCAUCUGCCUGUCGACCUUCCACGAGGAUCUAGUCGGCCUUGCGAAUGCGACAAACAUCAAUGUCGACUCUGUCAUUCGGACUUCCUCCUUGGCCGCGUACGUACGACUCCACCCGUUCGCACGGGUUAUGGACUGGAUGUUCAACAACAACGUCAUACAUGCCUUCGCAUAUGUAAUACGACAAGACAUCGACCUCCUCAACCAGCUCAGCCCAGAAUCGCCGCGCGUGCAGGCUACGCUGAAGGCUAUUCAGGCCAUGAAUCUUGCCAUGAAGCUGCAAGCGACAUACUUCGACAUUGUGCGUCCGAUCAUCAGCAAAGACCCGCAAACUCGGUCACCUUCGAAUGCGAACGCCUCAUUGGCUUCCUACGAUGAGGUAAUACUGAGCCAGCUGGAUCUCGUGACCGACAUUGUCUCUUUCGCCUCCAGCAAUAACCUCGACCUCAGCCUGGAGUCGCUGGGCCUACUGCAGAAGCUCUGCAAGUCGAAAAAGCUCAGCGAGCCUCCUGUCUUCGGUGAUGGUGACGCUUUUCGCGUAGGAAGCCGACUUGUUGGACGGCUGUCGGAAGUUAGUGACGCUGUCGCCGUCAACCUGCUGCCCUUCUUUGAGAUAGACGAAAGCGACCUCGACUCUCUGGAUCAACCACCGAAGAUCGCUCAGGCGAAUGCGAUACUCGAGGUCUUGAACAACAGUCUCGACAACUCAGCAGGCAGGCCGUCGGUGGCUCACUGCUUGCUCGGCUUCACGUGCCAUCUUCGCACGGUUACCGUCGAUCCGGGCAGUGCGUUCAGCCAAAUCCAAUCACUGUUCCACCACAUCGUCCUGUGCGCGGUGCAAGCACCUUCUGCCAUCGAGAUCAACAACGUGUCGUGGUUACUGAAGCUCAAGAAGGGUUGCAUGGACCUCAUAUUGAAGCUCGCAGAAUCUCCCUUGACAUCAAGCAUUGUCUUACCGAACAUCCGCACAAUGGACUUCUUCCCUGCAAUCGCAGAACAGCAAUUUCCGGCGCCUGUAACCGCCUUGUGGGACCAGAAGCCCAUUGACGACCCAGGUCUGCUGCUCGACAGCUCAACUGCAGCACUGAAGUAUCGCAUCUACCUGCGAGAGAACUACUUCGAGUACUCUGCGCUGGAGCUGCGCAAAGUCAGCGAGGAGCGUAUGUUCUCCGUGCAAGAGAGGGUUACGGCAGCCCUACUUGGGACCACUACUGGUCCGGACGGACAACAGACGCCCAUUAUGUCUAUCUUCGAUCUGUUCGACUUCUUUGAUCUCGGCACCGAGCCGGCUCUGGUCGCGAACUGCAAGUGUUUGAAGGAGGUGGACUUCACUGCUUGCCUCAAGGACGACCCGGAGAUCGUUACGGCUUUUGACGUGCCAAUGGCUGAACAGCUUCUACUGCUUCAGAAGCGCGAGAUGCAGCUGAACGGCACCAUCAAAGACCCCAACGAGGAUGCUGCCGUUGACGACGACAUCCGCGCUCUUUGUGCUUCUCUCACCAGUCAGAACAAUUGGCAAGCGAUCCAGAAUUCUCGGCUUUCUGCACUGGAAGCUUGGGUUGACCUCGUGUCACUGCUCGUUACCUCGUCCGGCCUGGUUCCCGACAAUGCCACUUCAGUCGCCGUACAAGGACUCCAAGUGGUUCUGCCACGUCUAGAGAGAGCCCUCGCAGAGAGCCUGGAAUCGGCUGCUCUGCUGGCGAAACUGACUCUGACCCUCGUCCAGACUGCCACGACAGCGGAUCCUAGCAGCCAGUCCACCCGCAACACCAGCCUCGUCCAAGAGCGACUCAUGUCCGCCUUCCGCGUCUGCCUCAGAGUCAUCACAGACAGCAGCACAGGCCUUGGCCUCCGCGACGUCUGCUACCGCAUCUCCUGCUCAGUUCUCGCGGCGCUGGCCCUCACCACUACCACCAACGGCAAGACCACUGCCUCGUCUCAUGCUCGCCAGUUACUCCAACUUGUUCAAGCAACCGGCGACCGCCUCAUCACCGUCAUAACCGAAGAUGCCUUCUCCGGCCGUGGCAUCACUCGCAUCUCCUCGCUACUCUUCCUCGACGGUCUUGUCGCCCUCUUCAGCAUCUGCGGUGUCACCAAAAGCAUGUUCCGCGCAUUGGAAAAGCUCAACUUCCUCCCCGUCCUCAUCGACCAAAGCAUCGGCAACGUCACCGCAUCCUUCUCUGGCGACAACGAGGAGCUUGUGACAGCCGUCGCUUACUUCCACACAGCUCUGACCCUACUUCUGCGGAUCUGCCAGACACCAGAAGGGACAAAUCUCUCGUUGAACUCUGGUUUCUUUCCUGCCGUUGCCGAGAGCAGACUCUUCAGCACUGAUCCGGACAUUGGGCUUGACAUUGACAAUCCAGUCGCGCUGAGGGAGUUCUACAAACUGCUGUCCGCAGUCCUGAGGGUCGUUACGGCCAUCGUACUCACGAGAGGACAAGGCAACGCGAGCGUGUUGCAGCAGGCGAAGAGCUUCCUGCAAGAGAACCGAUUUAGUAUGCAAGCAGUUUUCAAGCGGACGAGUGCUGUGCAGAAGACGGCCGGGCCGCCAGAAAGGGAGGCGGUGGACGUUGCAGAGGAGUUUGGGCGGCUGUUGGUGGUUACCGGGUUUCUUGAGGACGAUGAGCCAGCGCAUGUGAGGGCUUCGCGCGCGAACGGAUUUACGUGA